UUACAAAAUUUUACGUUCCUGACAGUUUGAUACUUUGAAAGCAUGGCAUUCUUUUGGAUAGAAAUUGCUGUUCUGAGUUUGUUGUUGGUGAUCGGAUCUAAUGGUGUUAAAGAAUCUGUUGACGGCUUAAGUAAUUCUGAGACUCAAAGCUUGUUACAGAUAAUAAUUAGUGAGGUAAAACAGCGGGAACGACUUGCCGUAAAGGUUGAGGAACUUCAAGAUAAAAAUAGGGUUGUAGAAGCCCAGUUGAACAACUUAACAGCCGAGACAUCCAACAACAAGAGGCAGGUUGCUUUUUCUGGUAGAAUCGGCAGACAUAUACCGUUAUCUGAAAAGGGGGAGGUUGUGAAGUUUGGCGUUGUCACAACCAACAUAGGAAAUGCAUACAGCACAACAACUGGAAUAUUCCGCUGUCCCGUAGCUGGGUUGUAUCUAUUUUCCUGCAAUGUCCUAGGGGACAAAAUUGGAUGGGUGACACUAUAUGUUUAUAAGAAUGGAGUACAGAUUGCACGGCCUUACACAGGAGUUGGUAUUAAGGAGCAUGAGUCCGGAUCGGAUAGCGCUGUAGUUCAUGCUGAAGCUGGAGACGAAAUAUACUCAACAGAUAUUGGUGGAACAUCUGCCUACCUUGACACUAUGUCAAGAUUUUCUGGAGUUCUCCUUAAUGCCGACUGAGUGAAUUCAAAAAGGCAGAUUGAAAUACAUAUCAGAACUCUUUACUGCCUUCACUGCACUGUAAUACAUACUUAUUUUUUCUGUAUAUUAUUAUGUCAUAUCCGUAGGACAAACUGACAAUUGAAAAUUCAGUUCGUUAUUGCAGCAAUUAAAACGUUUUCAGUUUAGUUGUUCGGUAUUUUUAGGACAAACUUAGCCAGGUUUGGCAUCUUGAAAACUCUCUUUCGCCAAAACAACAAAACCAGAAAUGUACAGACCCAUAUACUUUUUUUUAAAAUUAAUUAACCGAAUUUGUACCCAAAAUUGUUUUAUAACAAUAGUAAUUACAUGUUUUAAAUUUAGACAAGUCAAAAAUGAUAAAAUUAUCUUGGGCUGCAAGCGUAAUCAUUGACACGAACAAUUUAUUUGAACUUUUCGAACUUCACAAACUGUGUCUAAAUUUGUGAGGAGUGGCUGUGUCCAUUAAGUAAAUAAUCGUUCAUUAUGUGCAAUUUGUGAAAUAUGUUGACAAAUGAGCCGCGCCACGUGAAAACCAACAAAGUGGCUUUGCGACCAGCAUGGAUCCUGGCCAGACUGCGCGGAUGUUGGUUUUCUCAUGGCGCGGCUCAAAUAUAGAUUUCUUGGUGACAAAUUCAAAGGCUAUCCACUUAAAGUAAUGAACCCAUAAUGACAAUCGGCAGUUUCCGCACGAGUUCGUAUUUUCGUCUGUUAUUUCCGGGUAUUUGUCGGUCGUAAAUAAAGCCCAUACCAACAAUGAUUUCCCUUACAACCAGUAAACAGUUUUCACAGCUUCUCGGACUACAUGCGUCUACUUAAUUUUCAAAACCACACACAAAUGUCUGUAAUCAGACACUUAAGCUGUUGCUUUCGGCUCUGAUCCUUUUUCAGGCAUUAUCUUAUGUACCAUGUAUCAUGAAUUGUAAAUAUUGCAAUUUUGUUUGAAAUAAACUAUGUUUAAACUAAUCAGACACUUGAAAUAAAUGUAUUGCAAUAUUAA